AUGUUUCUUCGUGAAAAUCAAGUCAAUGGAUCAAUCCCAUCAGAAAUAGGAAACCUGAAGAAUUUGGUCACUCUAGACUUUGGAGUGAAUUUGCUUUCUGGCCCAAUUCCUCCAGCGUUUGGGAAUCUAACCAAAUUGAAAACUCUUUACCUUGAUUCCAAUAAACUUGAUGGCCUUAUUCCUCUAGAAAUUGGAAAUUUGAAGAGUCUCUAUUUUUUGUGCUUCGAAUAUAACAAUCUUGUUGGUCCGAUUCCAUCUCUUAAUAAUUUAACCCAAGUGAGAAGUCUUUCCUUCAGUCACAACCAUAUCAAUGGCACUAUCCCUCCAGGAAUUGGAAGUUUGAAGUUUCUCUGUCAUUUAAACAUCCAACAUAACAAAAUCAGUGGUCCUAUCCCUUCUACAUUUGGUAAUUUAACCCAACUGAAAUUUCUUGCCCUUGGUAAAAACCAAAUUAGUGCUUGUAUCCCUUCAGAAAUUGGAAAUUUGAAGUUUCUCAUUCAUUUAACCAUGAGCAAUACUCACCUCACUGGUCAUAUUCCUUCUACUUUUGGUAAUUUAACCAAAUUGGAAAUUCUUAACCUUGAUAACAAUAAAAUCAAUGGUCUUAUCCCUUCAGAAAUUGGAAAAUUGAAGAAUCUACAUCGUUUGAUCUUAAAUUCUAAUAACCUCACUGGUUCAAUACCUGCAUUUCUUGGUGAUUUGACCAACUUGGAUUCUCUGUUUCUAUCUUCAAAUCUCUUAGAUGGAUUCAUACCACAUGAGCUUAUGAAAUUAUCUAAAUUGAAGUUCCUUCAUCUUUCAUCAAACCAAAUUUCUGGCUUAAUUCCACCUGAAAUUGGGGCGCUAUCCAAUCUAUUGGAAUUGGAUCUUUCAAAUAACAAUCUCAACGGACCUAUCCCAGUUACUUUAACAAAUUGCUCCGAACUUCAUCAGUGGAGAGAUACCCCCACAAUUCGAAAUUUAGCAAGACUCAAGUACUUGGAUCUUAGCUACAAUAAUGUCUCUGGCCAAAUUCCAGAUUCUCUCGAAGAUCAGUUUCAACACUGUUCAAAGUCUAGUUCUGCACAAUUAAUUGCAAGUGAAUAUUCAAAAUGCCAUGAUGAGUACCACAAUUUCCAGCCAUCCUUUCGACCUCAAAAAGUCAAAAGAUCCUUGCAUUACAUUGAAAUUUGUCUUCCUGUUGGCUUGUUUCUUGCCUUUUUGAUUCUUGGACUUUUAUUCGUUUCUCGAUGGUGGCAAUGCAAGGCCAAGACUUCUCACACCGAGGCAAAACAGGUGAGGAAUGGAAAUGCAUUCACAAUAUGGAACCAUGAUGCAAGGAUUGCUUUUGAAGACAUCAUUUCAGCUACAGAAGGCUUCGACAUUAGACACUGCAUUGGCACUGGUGGGUAUGGAAGUGUUUACAAAGCACAACUUCCCUGUGGGAAAGUUUUUGCUGUAAAGAAACUCCAUUGA